AUGAGCAGCCAUCUUUGGCGCGCCUACUUCGAGAAUGACUUGGAGAAGUUUAGAAGUCUUUUGGGUCUAUCUGAAGAUAGGACCGGAGGGACCAAUGAACAUCCCGCCGGGUCUUUAACGAAUGAGCAUUCCUUCGAUCUAUCAUCGCCACCAAGGAGACAAUCCACGUUUUCCGGUUAUAAUGCAAUUCCAGGCACCGAAUCCAGGGCUGUUACGCUAAAUCGAUUCCAAAUAAACUCGAGGCUACCUGCCAAUAUUAUUGCGAACCCAUUAGCACCGAUUACGGGUCUUACACUGCUUCAUCAUGCUGCCACAGCAAACAAGCUGGAAUUUGUAGAGGCGCUUUUGAAACACCCUCAAACGGAUCUGUUUCUCCAGGAUUUUGAGUCUGGUUGGACGGCUUUGCAUCGUGCCCUGUACUUCGGUAAUAUAAGUGUAGCAAAGCAAAUUUUGUCGAGGAGUGAGGGAGUCGGCCUAAUUAAAAUCAAGGAUAGAGAGGGAAACUCUCCAUUUGAAUUAUUCGAAUCGACGAUCAAAGUGGAAACCGUGAAGCACGGACUUAAACCCGAUAACACCGACGAAUUUGGCGAGGAUUCUGACGAGGAUAACCCAGAACCUGAACUUUUGGAUCUCGAGGUCGGCCAGUUCAAAGGAGAAUAUCUUGGAGAUGAAACCUUUAUUUGGGGAAGCAACAAGAACGUAUCUUUGGGAUUCAGCGAUGGCGAUGAUAGACAAUUUCCAGAGAGAAUGCCGAUACCGAGGCCGGAUUCUGAUGGGUCUCAGGAUUCCUUAAUCACGCUUGCCCCCAUCUAUGUGAAAGACAUCCAGUUGGCAAAAUUUCAUUCAGCCAUCAUAACAACUGCACUCUCGAAUAAUCUUUAUAUCUGCGGCCAUGGACAGGGUGGAAGACUUGGUUUGGGCCACCAGUCUACAGAGUUCACCUUUAGGCGAGUGGAACUCCCUCGAAGAGUGAGCACCGUGGCGUUAGGUCAGGGCCAUACUGUUGCCGUGCUGGAAAAUGGUGAUGUGUUUACUUGGGGAACUGGAAGAUACGGGCAACUCGGAUACCCAGCCAACAUCGACAAAAAUGACAAGGAGGAGUACCAGCUAGUUCCACGACAAGUUUUUACAAACUUGCGUAGAGAGAAAGUCAUUGGCGCGGCUGCAUCAAAGCAUCAUUCUGCGGUUCAUACUAUUGACUCCAUAUUCGUUUUUGGCAAAAAUGAAGGGCAACUAGGUUUGGUCGACGCCGACUCCAGAACAUUGGAAGCACAGACAUCUCCACGAAAAGUUGCGGCAGCCGUUCUAUCAGAGCAGCCGAUAUCAAUGAUCACAGUUACAGACAAAGCUACGGCUAUUCUUCUCGAGAACCACGACGUCUGGGUUCUCAUGAACUUUGGGAUAAUGAAACUUACAUUUCCUUUCGAACGGUUUCCGAACACGGGAAUUAAACCCACAAGACCAACGUCGAAGUACCAGAGUAAACCAAAUUUUAUCACAAAGAUCACUUCAGGGGGUAAUACCGUUGCUGCUCUAGCUAGAAUGGGAGAUGUUUUUACUAUUAAUGUCGAAAAAUCAACAGCCACCACGACUAGAACACUUCCCGUACCUCAACGUAUCUGGUCCCUGAGGAAGAGGCACAUGGCAGUUAGAGACAUCGAUGUUGGUCAAGAAGGGGCAGUGAUUAUCUGUACUGAAUCUGGAAGCGUGUGGCAGAGAACCAGGCGUAGUAAGGUCAAAGAAAUCCAAGGUUUGGGGAGUGCAUAUUCGACAGCUACUCCGGUCCCACAGCUGUUGGAUCGAGCAAAAGACUACAAGUUUGCCCGGAUUCCCGGUCUGACGCAUAUUGUGGGGGUCCGAAGCAAUGCAUAUGGCUCCUUCGCGGCUAUCCGAAGGGAUGUUGAUAUCCUUAAAACGAAACUGGAGGUUCGCAGACCGACUUUGUGGGACGAUUUGGGCUCUUUACUCUCAUUUCACGACGAUCUUAACUCACCUGGGGUCGAUGAAAACACUGAUGACAUUACAAAGCCGGAUCCAAAUGAUCUCCGACAACGAGCUAUGGAUUGGUUUCUACAGGAGGACUUCAUAAAUAUUCUCAAGGAAACGAUCCAUGAAAUGGACCUAACUGAGUAUGAUACUGUCAUUCGGUCUGCGGAACUAGAUGAUAUUGGAAUCAGCGUACCGGCGCACUCAUUCAUGCUUACUGGCCGCUGUCCACAGCUACGGUCCCUGUUUGCAAAAGCAAUGAAAUCUCGCACUGUCCAUCAUGAGGGUAUUGUCGAAUUACACCACCACCCCGGUGGCACCUUCGACUUGACAUUCAAAGGAGUCAAUUGGUUUUCACUCCUCAUCUUUAUAUUCUAUUUAUAUAAAGAUGUCGUCGUUACAGUUUGGACGAAAUUUAGCAAGAACAAAGAAAAAACGCUACUUUUCCAACGAGUACGGGCGGAUCUUGGAAUGCUUGCGAAUAGCUUAGGUCUAAAGCAGCUUGCCGCUAUAGCAUCCGGCCUCUAUUCAACCAAGCUAACGCUGGAUACUGAUCUUGAAGAGGCUCUCUCCGAUCCAUUUUUUCAAGAAACCGGUGAUAUGCUUCUAGGAUUGAAAGACGAUACCGUUAAGGUUCAUAGCUCCUUGUUGUGUGCAAGAUGUUCAUUUUUCGACGCUCUUUAUCACGGAGGUUCCGGACGAUGGCUUGCGACCCGAAAGGAAGAGGAAGAAUAUGCUGCUGACCAACUCAUUCGAGUUGACAUGAAGCAUGUUACGAUUGAGACAAUGGGUAUCGUUCUAAAAUUCCUCUAUUCAGACAAGUCCCUACAUUUAUUCGAUAGCGCAAAGGCGACGGAGGACGGGGUAGAUGCGUUUAUAGAUCUUGUUAUCGACGUUCUUAGUGUGGCUAACGAGCUGAUGCUCGAUCGACUGGUUGAAAUUUGCCAGAGGGUCAUCGGCCGAUUUGUCAACACCCGAAAUGCUACCUCUAUUCUCGCUGCAAUCUCGGAGUCUUCUGUCCCAACGUUUAAGGAGGUAUGCCUUGAGUAUAUUUUCAGAAAUCUAGAUACCAUGAUGGAGAUCCGUGCCCUUGAAGAGUUUGACGAGGAUCUGAUGGCAGAACUUGACGAAGCAGUCAAAGAACGCCAGUUGGCAUAUAUGCCGUUUAGUCGAAGUGGCCGUGCGGAGGUCGAGCUUCUUGAAAGGCAUCCGCACCUGGCCUCCUCCGCAGAAAACGAGCAGCAGGCACUGGUGCAGUUACUAGAAGGCGGGGCAAUGAGUAUUUCGAUGGCAGCAGAAGUGGACUUCGCAAGUUCCCCAGCCUCGUACAGGCAGUCAUCUAGCUUUCGUGCUGGAAGUUACGAAAAGCAGAGGCGUCGACGGUCAUCGAAAUCUGGCCAAGAAAGGCCACCAACUAAAACACCACCCCUGCUCCCGGUUCAAGGCAGCGAGCUUAUAUUUGAUAUGGAUGACGAGGACUCCAGCUCCAAGUCAAGAAAAACACCCAUAUCUCAGAGUCCCGCCCUUAACAGGAAUGAUUCAUAUGGGCUAGGUUCUACUCCUAAGACCGACGUGUGGUAUGACUGCAAGGGCAAACAGAUCAGUUUGGAAGGGGUCUCGAGCCAAGUCGGUCUUGAUGAAACUAUUCCUAAACCUUGGAUUUUAGGGCCUGGGAUACAGUCAGAUAAGCUUGAUAUGCGGGAGAUCAUAACGCAGGCCUCAAAGAACAGGACUAGCAAUCUUUCUCUUGGCCUGUCGUCUGCAUCAAUCGACCCGGCGGGCGUAGGUGGAUUACCCGCAUCAAACUUUAAUGCUCCGAUAACUACAAAAGUAUCCCAGAAAGAGCGUAAGCGUCAGCAGCAACUCCAGUCGCAACAAGCUGCAUGUAGUCCUGUGCCGCCUUUGGCUUCAACACCAGACAAAUCAAUUAUAACACCGAAGGCUUCACCAUGGAAGGCGGUGCGUUCGCCCUCUAAUCCAUUAUCACUUCAACAGCAGCCAUCUUCAUCGCCCCUAUCGACUCCACGGAAGGAUAAUACUCCGAGUAAACUACUCGACGUUUUCCAGACUCCCCCGCCCGCUCAAUCUCCACUAAACAUUAAUACGCCGCCAAGACAAGUUACAUCCCCCAAAGGAACACAACCUGUACCACCAAGGCAUAAUCUCCCGACUCCACCGCCCCAAGUGCAUACCCUCAGGUAUAAUAGCAGCGGCAAUGUGAUUCCAACAGACCCAUUGAAAUCUGUAUCUUCCCCAACGCAGCCACGCUCUGAGCGAUAUGACGACUUCCCUCCUCUAUCCGGGAGAGUAGAGCAAAUACAUUUACCUCUUGCCGAAAUCAUCCAACAAGAACAGAUUCAGCAAGAUAUCAUUAAGGGAAAAGGGCCUAAACAAAGUUUGCAAGAGAUUCAACAAGAGCAAGAAUUUAUGGAUUGGUGGGAAAAAGAGAGCGAGAGGUACCAGCAAGAAUCGCAAGGGAGGCAGGUAUUGCAACAGGAACAGAAGGCUGUAGGGGUGAACAGAGGAAGGGGACGGGGUGGGGCACGAGGCGGGAGGGCUAACUUUCGAGGACGGGGUGGAAAGUCGACUCAAAGUGGGCAAAAUCCUCAACUGCCGAAGGACGUGCCAGGCACCGCAAAACGAGGCCCCCCUGAAAAGGGUGUAAUCCGUGGAAGGAGAAGGGGAAGAGGUAAGGGAGGCCAAGAAGCGAAUACCUCUGCUGAGGCUUCUGUAAAAGUUCAAUAG